UUUUCUGAAAGCACUGACUAUCUGAUUUAACAACCGACAUUAGAAUGUAAGGUAGAAAAAACACAGCAUGGAGGAAUCGUGGGAUUUUGAAUUCUUGUCUCGUAUGGUUGAUAGUCUGGUUUCCUUUCUGUCCGAAUUUGUGGACGAUUGGCUGGCCAACGACAUGAGAGUUGCAGUCUUUAAAAUCCUGUUCAGCUGGCUUGUCAUCAGUCUCGUUGCUAUCCACUUUGCUUGGAAAGUGUACGGGAACACUGUCAACGAUAUGUACUACCGACAGGGGACUGGAGGACAGAAUGGCGGGACCCCUGACACGGCGCCUCACCUGAGCGGAUGGGAAAGUGCAGCUGGUGAUGCCAAGAAAACCCACCGUGAGUGAUGUACCUGCAACUGGACUAAGAGCACACACACACACACACACACACGAUGGAGAAAAGCAAUUGCAUUCCUUCAAGAACAUUAAAUACAUCAGAAUUUGUGCUAUUAAAUCAUUUUAACUUGUCUGUGAAGAUGUCUGUGAUGGACUGUGGUGAAAAACUCAAGGCCCAAACACAUGAAUAUGUGCUCGAAAAUACACAACUGAAUGGUGCUGUGCACUGGAAAAGGAGGAUACCAUAUAUAGCAGCUCUGGCUCUUUUAGGAUGUUUGUUUGGAUUGAACUCUUUAAGCUAGUAGAUAGCAAGACUU